AUGCCUCUAGUUCGCAAUCCGGUCCUGCCGGGCUUCCAUCCAGACCCUUCCAUUAUCCGCGUCGGGGAUGUCUAUUAUCUCGCCACCUCAACCUUCCAAUGGUUCCCAGGGGUUCUCAUCUAUCAGUCCAAGGACUUGGCAAACUGGGAAUUGGCUGCCCGUCCACUCGACCGCAAAAGUCUGCUGGACAUGCGAGGGCACCCAGAUGGUGCUGGGAUAUGGGCACCUUGUCUCUCUCACGAUGGCGAGCGCUUCUGGCUAGUGUAUACAGACGUUCGCCGCAAGGAGGGCAGCUUCAAAGAUACACUCAACUAUAUCAUAACAGCCCCAUGCAUCACUGGCCCUUGGUCAGAGUCAUCCUACAUUAACGCCUCUGGAUUCGAUCCCUCUCUCUUCCACGACGAUGAUGGGCGCAAGUGGUUCAUCAAUAUGCUAUGGGACCAUCGCCGCCGCAAGAACCCUUUCGCCGGUAUCGUUGUCCAGGAGCUCGACCCGGCGACAUGCAAACUAAUUGGUCCUAAGAAGAACGUUUUCCACGGCACGGAGAUCGGGUAUACGGAGGGCCCCCAUCUAUAUAAGCGCAACGGGUGGUACUACCUGCUAACGGCAGAAGGGGGCACGCAAUAUUACCAUACAUGCACCCUGGCACGCUCCAGAAGACUUUGGGGACCUUAUGAGGUUCACCCAGAUACUUACAUCUUGACAUCCAAAGAUGACCCCCUCGCCGCUCUACAACGUGCCGGUCAUGGAGAUAUCGUCGAUACGCCCGAUGGUAAGACAUACGUAGCCCAUCUUAUGAGCCGCCCAAUAAUACAACGACGGCGCUGCGUCCUGGGCCGAGAAACAUCACUCCAGGGAGCGUACUGGGGCGAGGAUGACUGGCUAUAUAUCAAGGGGGCUCCGGUGCCCGCACUCUCUGUUGAGUUGCCCGGACAAAGGGACGACAGUGCAUACUGGGCUAAGAGAGUCUACAAGUUCGGGACCGGCUUAGAGCUUCAUUCCGACUUCCAAUGGCUCAGGACCCCUGAGCCGGAAAGAAUCUUCUCCAUCAAUGUCAAUGACGGCCUCAAACUCAUUGGUCGUGAGGCAAUUGGCUCUUGGUACGAGCAAGCGCUGGUUGCCCGCAGGCAAACGCACUUCUCCUAUAACGCCGAGACGGUCCUCAGCUUCAGUCCCACUGACGAGCGUGAGUUUGCCGGGCUGACGGCGUACUACUCUCGCUUCAAUUUCUUCUAUCUCGCAGUCACUGGCACCGAUCAUGGGCAACGAGAGCUACGCAUCAUGAGUAGUCAGGCCAGCUUCCCAAACGGCAACCUUGAUGACCCACCGGUUGCUUUGCCGGUACCAGUCCCAAAGGAAGGCAAGGUCCGCCUAGCACUCGAGAUCCGUUUGGAUAAGCUACAAUUCUCCUAUGCACUUGGCAGUGAAGAGAGUUUGGAGAAGAUUGGUCCCGUGCUGGACGCCUCCAUACUAUCAGACGAGUGCGGUGGACCCGGAAGCUUCACGGGUGCGUUUGUGGGCAUGGCUUGUUCGGACCUCAACGGGACAGAGAAGUCGGCUAUUUUUGACUACUUUACAUACGAGCCUGUUCAUUACAAGUAUGAUCGGUAUUAA